AUGAUCGACCUGGGAAAACUCGGUGGUGAAGCCAAACGAUGGUACGAAAAUAAUGCUACAUUAGAUAAAUGGGAGAUUCUAAAAUCAGCCUUGCUUGAACGAUUUACAACAGCCGAUUCGUUAACCAAGACAUUCGAGAAAUUGAAGGAACGGAAGCAGAAAUCCGACGAAUCUGUUACAUCAUGUUAUGACAACGUUAUUAAACUGCGCCACGAUUAUGAUCCAACCAUGUCCGAUAAAAUGAUCAUCUCUUGGUUAGAAAAUGACGUGAAAGACUCUCUCAAGAUCUCGAUCAGACGUAAGAUGAAAUUAUUAAUCGAACCAGCACGCACUUCCAAAGCAGUUCUGAAGAUUGCGAAGGUUGAGGAACAACUACAAGAGGAACACGUGCCAGUUCCUGAUCCAACGCUUUCAUACGUUCCUUACUUCACCAAGACGGUGCUAUCAACUACAUCAUAUCAGCGAACAACAGUAACAGCGACAUUUGUCAAACCACCAGAUAUUCAAUCGCCUGUACUGUUAGCCAAUGACAUUACUCUUCCACCAUACUCCGAAACACAAAUAAUCAUAAAAAUUCACGCAAAUCCAAACGAAGCGACCGAAACACUAAUUGAACCAACACCAACCUUAUAUUCGAGACAAAUCUUCUUAACAUAUGCAUUGAUCACAGCGAAGAACAAUAUCAGUGCACUUACCAUUAUCAACGCAACCGAUCGUCCACGAACAUUAUCAAAAAAUACAAAAUACGGAAAACUCUUCAAUCUACGACAAUCAUCCAUUAUCAAAGCAAUUAUUCAACAUGCACUCGAAACCGGACAUCAUCCACCUGUCCACACUCUACCGUAUCGUGUAUCAUACAAAGACGAACAAUCAGGUUAUUUUCAAGUUGGAUUGGCUUCAAAAGAUCGUCCAAAAACCGCAUUUUCAACACGAGAUCUACAUUAUCAGUUUACAUCGAAUACUGGGACUUACCCGGUGGCAAUAUUCAGUAGCCUAUCUCGACGAUGUCAUCAUAUUGAACAGGGAAACAUUAAACCGAACGCCGACAACAUCCACGCACUACUCAAAACACUACGACCAACAACAGCAAAAGAAGCAUUCAGAUUCGUGAAAGCAGCAGAGUAUUACCGCAAAAUUAUACCAAAAUUUUCUCUCAUUACACAACCAUUAUACAAAUACGCCCCCACGACAACAGAACAACGGUCAAGAAAAUCACCUGCUGUAUCGAUCCAACUAUCCGAUGAAGAAGUUCGAGCAUUCGACCAACUGAAACAAAUACUUACCAAUGACCUGAUAUUACGUAUUCCGAAUGAUACAUUACCGUUCGAAAUUCAAACAGAUGCAUUCAAAAUUGACACUGCAUUUGAUGACCCAGACGAUUAUAGUCCAACACAAUCACGAGCAACACAAACUGAAAAUCCAACACCUGCAUCGAUUAUAGCACCUGUCGUCGCCCGAUCAAGAGCCAAACAACAACUGGACAAAGUAGCUAAUGAUAAUCCGAUCAAUCAAUCCCGUGACGAACGAGCAAAGAGGAACAACGAACUUACGCAGAAUAGCUCCUGUAAAAAAACAAUCACCGAACACCAGCAGGUGAUGGAAACUGAUAAUCAAAUCAUACCUUUUACUCAGGAACGAUUAAAAGAACUACAACAUCAAGAUGACGAGAUACAACAACUGAUGAAAAAUAUUGAUGCAUCCGACGACUACAUUAUGAUGGAUAAUAUGUUAAUAAAGAAUUCGAUUCCGCCGGUACCAUUCGUACCAAAUGGCCGUCUUCGAUCCGAUAUAAUAAAAAUCUAUCAUGAUACGCCGGCAAAUGGUGCACAUUUUGGUCGAGACUGA